AUGGUUACCGUUGCAAUCGCUGGAGGCACUGGCAAGCUUGGCCGAACCAUCGCCAAGGCAUUGAAAGCAGGCAACAAGCACCAGGUCAUCAUUUUAUCUCGACAGACUUCUAGCCAGCUUGAUAUUGGCUGCCCCGUUCUCCCAGUCGACUAUACUGAUGCUCAAGGCCUCAAGGCACAGCUAGAGGCCAAAUCGGUGCACACAAUCAUAUCUACCCUCCAGGUAAACUCAGCGGAAUCCGGAGCGUGCGAAAUCAAUCUAGUACGAGCUGCAUCUCAAUCUCGAACAACAAAGCGCUUCAUCGCCAGCGAGUGGUCAAUCCCAGUCCCUGAUCCGCGUUUGUAUCUACCACAGCAGGAGAUCCGGAAUGCGACCAUUGAAGAGCUUUGUGGGACAGAUCUCGAAUGGACGACCGUGUACAACGGAUUCAUCAUGGAUUCGUUCGGUAUCCCGCAUAUAAAAAGCUACAUGGGACCUAUCGGUAUCCAUAUUGAUAUGUCUAACAAGACUGCAUCCAUCCCUGGUUCAGGAGAUGAGAAGAUGAUGUUCACUUACAGUGUUGACAUUGCGCGCUUUGUGGAAGCUGCUUUGGAUUUACCUAAAUGGGAUGAUCAACUAUUUUGCUAUGGUGAUAUCCGAACCUACAAUGAGGUACUACAAUUGGCGGAGGAAAAUAUCGGGGCCAAGUUCCACGUUGUGCAUGAUGAUAUUGAAAAGCUGGAAAAAGGGAAUAUGACCGAGCUUCCAUGCCAUCAAAUGGUUUACUCCCGGAUUCCAAAGGCAGCUGCACAGAGAAGGUUUUCUCUUUUUGGGCUCUAUUCCAUUCGUGGAUAUUUCAACAACCCAGAGAACAAGGGAACUUUGAAUGAUAUCUUUCCUUAUAUUAAGACAUCAUCUGUUGCGGAUAUUAUGGGCGCUUGGAAGGGUAAGAACUAG